AUGGCGCAGCAAGGAGUUCAGCUGGACCGAGAAACCUUCUCUUGUUCGAUCUGUCUGAAUCUACUGAAGGAUCCGGUGACUAUUCCCUGUGGACACAGCUACUGCAUGAACUGUAUUAAAAGCUUCUGGGAUGAAGAUGAGAAGGAAAUCCACAGCUGCCCUCAGUGUAGGCAGACCUUCACACCGAGACCUGUCCUGGUGAAAAGCACCAUGUUAGCAGAUUUAGUGGAGGAACUGAAGAAGAUUGGACUCCAAGCUGCUCUUGCUGAUCACAGGCAGAGGCAGAGAGAGCUCGAGGUGAGUCGACAAAACAUCCAGCAGAGAAUCCAGGACAGAGAGAAAGAUGUGAAGGUGCUUCAAUGGGAGGUGGAGGCUAUCAAUCACUCUGCUGAUGAAGCAGUGGAGGACAGUGAGAAGAUCUUCACUCAGCUGAUCCGUCUUAUCCAGAAAAGAAGCUCUGAUGUGAAGCAGCAGGUCAGAUCCCAGCAGGAAACUGAAGUGAGUCGAAUCAAAGAGCUUCAGGAGAAGCUGGAGCAGGAGAUCACUGAGCUGAAGAGGAAAGACGCUCAGAUGAAGAAGCUCUUACACACAGAGGACCACACCCAGUUUCUACACAACUACCCCUCACUGUCAGCACUCAGUGAAUCUACAUCCAGCAUCAAUAUCCGUCCUCUGAGGUACUUUGAGGAUGUGACGGCGGCUGUUUCAGAGCUCAGAGAAAAACUACAGGACCUUCUGAGAGAGAAAUGGACAAACGUCUCACUGACAGUGACUGAAGUGGAUGUUUUACUGUCACAACCAGAGCCCAAGACCAGAGCUAGAUUCUUAAAAUAUUCACGUGAACUCACACUGGAUCCAAACACAGCAAACACACAACUGUUAUUAUCUGAGGGGAACAGAAAAGCAACAGUAAUGAGUAAACAUCAGUCUUAUUCUAGUCACCCAGACAGAUUCACUGACUGGGUUCAGGUCCUGAGUAGAGAGAGUCUGACUGGACGUUGUUACUGGGAGGUGGAGUGGAGAGGGGGAGGAGUUUAUAUAGCAGUCGCAUACAAGAAUAUCAACAGAGCAGGAAUUUCAAGAUGUAAAUUUGGACUCAAUGACAAAUCUUGGGCUUUAAGUUGUGACAACAACAGUUAUAAGUUUUGGUACAACAAUGCCCAAACUCCAGUCUCAGGUCCUCAGUCCUCCAGAGUUGGAGUGUAUCUGGAUACACAGUGCAGGUAUUCUGUCCUUCUGCAAUGUCUCUGAAACCAUGACUCUCCUCCACAGAGUUCAGACCACAUUCACUCAGCCUCUCUAUGCUGGACUUGGUCUUGGCUUCUGGUAUGGAGAAACUGCUGAGUUAAUUGCACUACGACACAUUCCUUGUAUGCUUCAAAACCUACUUGGCAAUAAACAAAAUUCUGAUUCUGAUUCUGAUUAAUUAAACUAAAAUAGUCAAUGGUUUUGUAAUGGGCAUUGGGUUAGAUUCUGUCAUUUAAUUUAAACUUGUUUUGUCACAUUUUUGUUGCUGAGACCUGAUUGACCAUUAUUGGUGGUACUUUGACAACUUCUCAUUAGUUUUUCUGUUCGUCACUGCUCAUGAUGAUUCUUGUUUACCUGAACUAACAUAUCUUUCUCUGAAUGAAAUUGGCAACUUGUCUGUGCCUUAAAUCUUUAUUGUAUUUGUAUGCGGUUUCUCUUCUACUGCAUGGGUUUUAAAACUGCUUUAUUGUAGAUAUUUUGUUCCACCACUUUUGUUAAUUUGUAAAGAAAUCCCUUACAUUUUGUCCAGAUCAAAUGUUGUUCCAGUGUACAAACUCUGAGGUAUUUUAAAACUAUAAUUAUCACGAUCAUAAUCUAUAAGGAGAUCAUUCAUUAUUUUCAGAGCUGAGAUUCUGCUGAGACAAACUGGUUGCAUGUUAAUUGAUCUGACGUUCACAUAACGUAUAAACAAACAUGAAUAAAGAAUCUUCUUCUAGUCUUCAUUCCAGGGUCUCAUACAACGUUGAAGGAGAAAAUGUGAAACUAACAUCAGAGUAUACAAUAUAUAUAAUGGAAAAUUUGGUAUGAUAUUCGGUCCAGUCACAAAACCAUGACUUGGAUUAAUUAUUUUUUACAUCUGAUUACAAGUGUCUCCAUGUUAUUUCAUAAGAAUUCAAGAAGUCAGAGAAAUUUGAACCUGAGCCUUGAAACUUACACUCCCAAUUACAAUCUGAGAGCUGAUGUGAAUAAUAUUUGUAAAGCGUAAACUCUUCUAAUCCAUCUUUCCCAUAUGACCUGAAUGCAGCAUCAUUGUUAUAUGGUGUGAACACUAAAAGUGAAUGUCUUUCUGGUAGUGAACAUCACAGCAGGUAAACAAAGAAAUGUGAAAACUGAUGCUGGACUUUUUUUUUUUAUUAUUAUGAAGACAGAGUUAAGUUGAAACUAAAAUAGACAGAAGUUAUUUAAAGGUCCAAUGUGUAACAUUAAGGAGGAUCUAUUAGUGGCAAGACAGUGGAUUCAAUUCUGUUUUAAUUCUUUUUGCACUGCAAAUGUUUGAAUUCUUUAGGUGGCACUGGUCCUGUGUCUGUUUUAGCCAUGGAGUGUAAUACUGCUCAGGAUUAUUUUUAUAUACUGUCAUUUCUCUGCAUGAAAAUAUAAACUUGUAUAUGUUUGUUGAGUAUAUGUUUUGAUGUAUUAGUAUGAUGUUGUGUCUCUUCUGCUGCAAUGGUCUUCAUGUAGAAAGCCAUAGACUUCUCUAUAUUGUUUCAUGUCUGUUCUCAACACUUACAUACAUUUACGUUUAUUUAUAGGCAAAUGUAAUUGUUUUAGAUAGUAACAUUGAUAGAGACCACAUCUGUGAUCUGUCUGUGAAGUCAAGGUGGCCAUCAAUCACAUUAUCAGGAUAUUUCAAACUGCUGCUAGUUUCUACAGGUGAUGGUCGAAGAUUAAAAUGUAUGAGCUGUGUUGUGUGUUGCUGAUAAGAUAAGUUCUUUGGUUUCAGCUACAUUCAGUUCUCCUCACGUCACUGCUGCAGAGUAAUUACAUGGUUGAAAUAUGUGCCAUCUUUUGCAGAGCCCCACUCACACAAAAGGCCAACCAGCUGUGUAUCAUCAGCACACUGCAGGAAGUUGUGAGUCUUGGAUUUCAGAUUCAUUGGUUUAAAAAGAACAGUGAUAAAACGUCAUCUCAUGAUGCACAUCUGUUCAGAGCCCUGACCUCUGGAAACUCACCUUUUACAGACAGUCUAGAAUUGCAUCAUUUAAAAUAAAUAAAUAAAAUUAAUUGUUGCCUUAAUUAGUGAUUCUGUGGCUGAUGAUUCUCACUGAACUCUAAUUUUUCUUCUUAAGAAAUAAUUAUAGAUUAUAUACAUAUAGAUUCCAUGUAAACAUUUUGUUCUCACCACUUUAUACAUUUGUACAUAUAACUUUAAUUAUAUUUACAUGUUUUCACUACUUUGCACUGUGGUUGUUGUUAUUCACACUGGCGUACAAAUGAGGGAGGUUAUCAUGAUCAUAAUCAACAUGGAGAUCAUUCAUUGUUUUCUUUUACAUAUUAGAUUCUGGUCAGAGAAAUUGUGUGGAUGAAGUGAAUCUGUGCAUAACAUAAAAAAACUAUCAUUUAACAGAGGUUACUGAUGGGACAUGGCCAAACUGAAGGCUUGUAUAAUAAAGAAAGAAUUAUUACAGUGUCA